AUGAACCUCCCUUCAUCGUCCUACUCAACACCCGGUCGCUUAAGUCGCGCUCUGAGCCCGCCGGCGUCGAUUUCGAGUUAUAGUACACCAACUAUCACACCCCUUGGCGCGCAGCAAAAGCUCAAUGUAGUCAACAGAGUGGCCAUAGAGGGAAAAGCGAAACAGAAUGAAGACAGUGUUUUCAUCAGGAUGUAUCUUAAGAUGUCUUUACCUCUAGAUUCUGUCUCCCCCGGAUCGACCGUACAACUGUUUCCAGAGGAAAACGUCAAGAUUCUCUCCUCUCAGGUCCAUCCACUUGACAGUAAUUUCGUCCCCUACAACUUUGAUUCGACCGUUUCACCCCUGCUCCAUCGUGCUGCUCGUGCCUUGAAAUUGCCGGAACGUUCGAAACAGACUUUUCAGUCUACUUUUAACUUGGCCUCGGCGGAAUCUUCGACUGUGGUUGAUGCCACAUUCACAGGUCACAUCCUGGUCAGUAAUUACUACAUAUCCUAUGUGCUUCCAAAGCACUUCCCUUUGGAGGCCGGUUCCGCCGUCUCUCGACGCCGAUCACCCAUAAGUGAACGGAAUCAAGUCCAUUUCAUGGCCGCCAUCGACAUGGUUGUUCCAUAUGUUUCUCGACCACCGCGCGCGCCAUAUCUACUCUCAAUUCCCACUCCACGAUGUCUACAGAACUACAUAAAUCUCCGUAUAUUCCCUCCAAGUACUCCCAACAUCUCUUCCUCAUUUGCGUCACUUUCAUCUACGGACAACGACGAAAGUGGCUCUUGGGAUCUCGCAUCAGAGCCUCAUGUAACCCGUAACACAACUUCUCGCUCUCGCUCCAAUUCGUACAACAAUAACUUUGCAGACGACGAGUCCAGUGAUUCUUCUACUGUAGGAUUCUCGUAUGGUUGUGGCAUUAGUGGAACUUUUCCUAGCGCUGAGAGGAUCCGCGUCCGUUGGGCUAAACCUAUCCGAUCGUUUGACACGGUCGAUUCAAGUGAUGGCCGACGAAGAGUAGGUGUGAAGGACGUCAAAGGAGAAAUGACAUGUGUUAUUCGAGGACAGGCUGGUAAUGGUGUCUUGAUAGAAGUCUCGUACAAAGGCACUUGCAAGGGCGUCUGGUUCCCUGGCGUUGCCACGAUGCUCGGUAUGGAUGUUGGGUUAAUUGCCAAAAACUCUGGUGUUACAUGGGCUGAAGGGUUCCCGAACGAGUGGCAAGUCAAUGGUGGCACUGGAUACACUGGGUUUGAUGUUGGUUCCAAUCAGAAGCUAUCAAGACAUGAUUCCCUCGAGUCCAACGCUGGAAAUCCAGAUAUCAACAUCCUACCAUCCACCCCGAAUGGUGAAAUUAAAUUUCCUCGUGCAUCAGGGCUAGCUUCCAGACAGGAUUCAACCUCCUCGACCUCCUCUUCGACCUCCUCUCUACUUCGUGCGCCCCUUCCUACUCAGAACGUAGCCGACUAUUCCUUCGAGGGAUCACCCACCGCGUCUGGAAUAUUGUCCUCAAAUGGCACUGAAUCCCUGUCUUCCCUCCCUGCCUCCGUAUCCAACUUGACUUCCCAGUCCCAAUCCCGUAUUGAUCGAGGCCCUGAACAUCCAGUCACGCUACAUCUCAAUAUGAACGAACUUCUUCCCGCCUCUCGAAACAAUUUUAUCUUCAGUAUAUCUGGAACUGUAGUGGUUACGCCACGUCCACCACAUCCCCGACUCAAUGGCAACUCUACUGUUCAUUCUGGGUCAGAGGGCGAAGGUGAUUCCGACGAUUUGCGGUCUGUCAUACUUCCAAAGUUUACAGUACAUGCUGCCGAUUCGGAGAGCUUCUCCUUCAUUGUAAAAAAUGACUCGCCCGACGGAGAAAUUGUCGAAGUGUACAAUGACUCUAUGUCGUCCUCUUCGAUCAAAGGACGACCCACCCAGCUAAAUAAGGGUGCUAUAAGCAAGUCCAGCAGCGACAACGGAUUACGAAUCGCUCUGAAACGCAUACCAUUCCCAGUUGCUGCCAAUGGUACACCUGUCAACAAGCAACGGACAGAUGAAACCACACUACGACCUCUUGCCCGACCUCUUACUCCAAGCGGUAGCAUAGGAAGUAGAAGUUCUAGUCCAAUCAAUGGGCAAAUCAACAAUCGCGUUCCUCGUACAUCACUCAGUUCUUUGGGCAAGCUCCCCUCUGGUACGACGGUGAUUGCAAGACCAGUUCGAGAUGGACCGUUGAUGAUUCCAUGGGUCAACGCGACUGUGACUCCAUUGCUUCCCUCGACAUCAGAAGGCCUUCCUGAAUCAUACGCCGUCCGGCUAUCCCUUCCAGCACCUGCAGACAUGGUCUCUGAAUGGCUAGAAUUCGGAUUAGCCAAACCUGGAAUUUCAGCCGGCUCAAAAGACGCAGAUCGUCGACCGCCCAGGAUCGAUUUGGUCAAUGUGAGUGUUGAGGGAGUUCCCGUGCGGUUCGACACGACCGCUGCCACUGCGCCUACCGCGAGUCAAGAAUUAGACGUGGUUGAUUUGGGUGGAGUCAAAUUUGGUGAGAUGAGCAGUAAGGAGUGGAUAAGUUGGAUCCGGGUGCGCGUUGGUGGUGCGGGAGGGAGUAUGGUCGUGGUGGAUUAUGUCGUUAGAACGGAGGAUGAUGCUAAAGGCAAAGCCGGGGGUAAGGGAAAGAAGAAGGCACGCGAUGAAGUACCGAUGGAUAUCUAUCUUCCUUCGUUUUCCCUUCCAGUGGGCAGGUUGGAGGUUGUUGUCGAAGAUGCCCCGGGCCUGAAGUUGUCUUCGAUGCGAACCAAUUUACAUCAUUCGUCCUCACCUACGACAAAACGGAGAUUGCUUCAUUAUUCUACAGAGGAAUUCUUCUAUCCGCACCUCUCUUUCUUAGUACGCCUAAACCCGUCUAAAGGAUCCUCGCCAUUUUCAGCCUAUCUACCCCUACUCUAUACCAUCGUAGUCUCGGUCGGCUUACUAUUCGUCUUCCAAAUACGUUGGCAAGUUUAUUCUCUUGGAAAAUCGCUCGAGGGAUAUCCAUUGAUUGUUGAAUCUGGUUGGAAUGAAAUCCCACAAACGGUCACAGUGACUACUACGCUGUAUUCCUAUGAAGACAUGAAGUCGUCGAGUAAGGGCCCAACUUCGAUUGUUUCCGAGACGAAACCUGCUUUUUCCAUGCCUACCGCGAAUUCGGGAAUCCUCCCAUCAAACGCCGUUUCCGCCACUUCAACGCUCUCACUUGCACCGCCGAACAUCCCCGCGAGGUCGAAAGCCUCAUCAUCGACCUCCUCACAAUCCUCAUCGCCUCAUCCUUCUUCUAUUACUGCCUCGAAAGAAACAUAUGCUCUCAUAACCAUGCAAUCUCUGUGGGAGUUCCAGUGGCAAGAUUUAAAACCUCUCGUUGAGUCUACAGCACAAUCGUUGAAGCGAACGUUAGGCCCAGUAUGGAAGAUUCUGGAGCUGGUUUGGUGGGGACCUGAUUAA